AUCGGUAAAUAUGGAAGAAGCUAUAGGCGCCGACUGGCGUAGGUCGCAAGGAUACCUGCCCUACCGCGACGUCGAACAACACUCAGGAGAUCACCGACAGAGCGUCUCCGACCAGCAGCAGAGUCUUUUGGAGGGUCCACGCGCUUCCGGUACAAACAGUGCGCGUUCAACCAAAGAAAGACCUUGCGAUGCCUGUCGCAGACGCAAGACGAGAUGCGUCAAGGAGAAAGGCGAGACUAAGUGUGUCUUGUGCAAAUUUCACAGCCAGGACUGCACCUACUUGCACGAGCCAGUCGCCAGGACCAGAAAGCGAAAACUUCAACCCAGUGAGGAGACAGACAGAGGACACGACAACCUACAUGUUCUUCGAACAAAUGUGGGAAUUAGCGUAGAAGAAUACGACGAGCUUCCUGAGGAAAGUUUGCUGAAGAAGACGCUUGGUCUUCAAAACAAGCAUCAUGCUCACUUCGUCGGCCUGACUGAACCUUUCUCCUUUCCUCGAUUCUCACUUACAUUGGGCAAGUCGCANAAAUCUACCCAAGGCGGCAUUGUCACAAUCCGCAAAGUCGAUGAUUUCAACGCUUUCACGAUUCACGAAGACCAAGGCACUACCGGCUAUGAUACCGAACAGAGUCGAGUGGACGCGAUUCAGCAGUUGGUUGAACCUUAUGGACAGGCUCUUAUCGAUCUGUACUUCCGCAUCAUCCACCCAUCAUUCCCUAUCCUCCACAAAGGUGUUUUUCUCGAGAAGCAUGCACGUUCUUAUCGCGAGUUCUCUCCUGCCCUUCUCGCAGCCAUCUACCUUCUUACCACCAAUUACUGGAGAUGUUCGCCAGCUUUAGCGACCAAACCCAAACCAGAUGCUAGCCGGCUAUACGAGUUGGCAAUAGAAUCUUACGACCUUACGAUAUAUCGCCCAAAGCUUUCGUCAGUUCAGGCCGGUCUCCUGAUUGCACAAUACGAAUGUUAUGAUUCAGACGUGAUGAGCAAUGGGUUCAGAGGCAAGCUCACUGCACAACUGGUUUCAAUGUCUCAUACUAUGGGCCUCCAUCUAGACCCCUCGAAAUGGGAUUUGCCAGCUUGGGAAAUCAGCUUGCGCUGUCGUCUUGCUUGGGCUGUCUAUGCGCAGGACAAAUGGGUGGCUGUCAUCGAAGGUCGACCGCCUCUCAUCUCGGACCGUGACUGGAUCGUACCACGCUUACAGCACAAGGAUUUUCCAGAACAUGAAGAGCACAACGAGGAAGGUAGCUCGGAAGUCGAGAAGAGCCGAAUCAUCUUCAUUCAGAUGAUCGAGCUUACUCGAAUACUCUCUGAUAUUCUUGAGGCGGUCUUCAGCUUGAGGUCGCACCAUGUCAUACAGACAUCAGCUGAUUCAGUCGGCACUCUGCUAAGCAGAGUGCAACCUUUGCAGCGCCGACUUAGUGCUUGGUCUGAUUCGGCAAUGGAAGUGCUAUGCCUGGAAAAAGCUUCUACCAUGCGAUUGACUUGUAUAGGGUACUUGAGGCUUGCUCACCUUGCUGUCGAGGUCAGCCUGCAUCGACGUAUCAUAUGCCAAGCCAUGUCUUGUACGUCAGAUCCGAACACAGCUGCGGCCUGCCGUAUCGCUGCCAAGAAAAGUUGGCUAUCUGCGCUCGAAUUCGUGGACAGUCUGAAAGCACGCCAUCUCAAGUCUUUCUGGUACUUCAGUUCGACUGCAUGCUUGACAUUGCUGAUCUCCUUCGGCAAUGUUCUUGUCGGCUCGGCCUUCGAUUCAUCCGAGGAACAGUUCUAUCUGGCCAAGCUCAAAGAAUUCCGCUGGACUCUGAAGAUCAACGGCGAGAUGGGCGCAAAAUUUAUGAACGUGGCCAUCAAAUCAAUGAUCCUCGAUCCUAGAGAGAUCCGCAAGCCCGAGCCUCACGUUACGAGCUCUGUCACUACAUCUGGGGUAAGGCCCGAGCCAGGAUUCGGCAUUCCAUCACAAAACGCAUUUGGAAGCAUGGCUGUUCAAUCGAGCCAAACCCCUAUUGGAUCUUCUGGUGUUGGAUCUGGCUGGGUUGCACCUACCACCUACGCUGACCCUUCAGUAUUUGCUGGAUUCAAUCCCGGCAUGCCUGUGCAAGUGCCAUACAUUCCAGGUUAUACUUGGGCACCGCCUACUUUCGAGAACGGCCAGCCGGGGAACAACUAUCUCGAUCACAUGCCUGGC